UGAUGAUGAGGCGGUGUUGCAUUCCGGAACAAUUAUCCUGUGGGACAUUGUUUAGAUCGUGACGUGGUUGGAGUGGCUAGAAAGAAACUAAAUUAGUGAGCGAUUUGUAGUUAUGAACUAAUUCAGUUGGUAUUUUAUUGUCAACAUUUGUCAAACAGUGCAGUGCAGUUUUAUCUGGCAGGCAUUGAGACCUCUUGGCUUUGUGGUUGACUUGAGGCUUCUGCGCAGGGAUACGCCUAUCAUCCCUAGCCCUGUGACUGUCUCUGUCCCUGCAUCAUCAUGAAGCUGUACAGCCUCAGCGUCCUCCACAAAGGAGCGACUAAAUCCAACCUCCUUAAAUCUGCCUAUGACCUCUCCUCCUUCAGCUUCUUCCAGCGCUCCAGUGUCCAAGAGUUCAUGACCUUCACCAGCGCCUUGAUUGUGGAGCGUUCUGCACACGGCAGUCGAGCCUCAGUCAAAGAGCAAGAGUACCUGUGCCACGUGUAUGUGAGGAAUGACAGUCUGAGUGCAGUGGUGAUAGCAGACAGCGAGUACCCCCAAAGGGUCGCCUUCACACUACUAGACAAGGUGCUAGAGGAGUUCUCCAGACAAGUGGACAGCAUAGACUGGCCAUCUGGAAACCCCGAAACCAUCAACUACAAAGCUCUGGACAUCCACCUGGCCAAGUACCAGAACCCCAGAGAGGCAGAUGCUAUGACCAAAGUGCAGGCUGAACUGGACGAGACAAAGAUCAUUCUGCACAGCACCAUGGAGUCUCUGUUGGAAAGAGGGGAGAAGCUGGAUGAUCUGGUGCAGAAGUCUGAACACCUGGGGAACCAGUCUAAAGCAUUUUAUAAGACUGCACGGAAGCAGAACUCAUGCUGUGAGGUCAUGUAGUGAUGGUGAACCGUCCUCUUGGACACUUCUCUCUUGGCCUUUCUGCUCAUCCUACAACUCCCAUCAUGCCCCAGCCUCCAGGAGACAGAAUGGCUUCCGCUCAGUCUUUGGCAGAGGGGUGAGGGGAGGUCUAGGGGUGGGAGGGGGGGUUGGCAGUUUAGAUCUCGGGAAUCUACAUGCUGAUUGGGGGGGCAGGUUAGUCAGGAAAAAAAUAUUAUAUUUAUUUGCUUCAUUGUAACCUCUCAAAAGGCAUUUUGAGGUGAUUCAUAGCCAGCCAGGACGUGGUCAAUAAUCAAUAACGUGUUGUUUGUAUCUUUGGUGGUUUGUUCAUUGAAAAAAGUCUUAAACUGUUUCCUGAAUUCAGACUGUAUCAGAAUCUUAGUCUGAGUUUGAUCUCAGCUUUCUGGAAGGUUUGGAAGAGGAGAGAUUAAGUUCUCAUGCUUGGCUUUAAAUCAACCCUGACAAUCUCUCUGUGUUCUAUGUAGUAACUCACAGCUAAGGUAAACAGAGACUUCUGGAACCCAGGAUCUGCUAGUGUUUUCGUAAAAGGUCAUGUAGUGUUAUCUUAUUUUCUCUGCCCACUAAAUGGUGCUGUUUCCUCACAUUCGUAGUUCAGGUAUAUUCAGUUACGUAUUUAAAGGGCCUCUGUAGCCUGGAGGAAUUAUAUUCAAUGAAAUGUGAUUUGGGUGAGCAGUGGAUGUUUGUGUAACUGGGUCUGAGACAUCAGAACUGCAUGAUCUAAUUGCUCAUUUCCACAGGAUGGUUUAGGGUAGUGAUUUAAUUGGAUGAAAUCCUAUUAAAUCAUGUUGUUUUUUGGUGGAGGCAUGUGAAAACUUUGAAACAUUUCCAGGUUUUUUAAAUGCAAAAACUGGAUUGGUAUUGUAGCUCAUGCGGAUGGGCUUGUUAAACUAAAUGGGGUAGCCUGUACUUAGAAAGCAGUGUGUAGUGAUGUCUACAGACUCGUCUUGAUAGACAAAGCCUUAUUGAAGUAUGGGUUACAUUGAAGUCCCGCUGUGUAUGUGGUAGGAAAGGCAGGUCUUGCAGUGUCCUGCUGGAGUUGCUCCCAGACUUUUUUUGCGCUAUAAUCCCUCCCAAUCUUUUUUUAUUUUGUGUUGCACCAAGUAGGCUAAACAAACCAGUGUUUCUAGUCUGGACCAAUGAUGUAUAUAAACCCUGGA